GUGACCUUUCUCAACAUGGUCGCUGCGCCCUGCCCCCUACCCCGCUGCCGGACGCUGCCCUCACUCAAGAUGGCGGCAGUCUUCAAAAUGGCCGCGGGCCCUGCCCUCCUUAAUAUGGCGUUGUCCCGCCCCCGUCACCCCACUUUGCUCAGGAUGGCGGCGGCAACCUCAGGCUCUCGCGGGCUCCGGAGCCUCCUGCUGCGGCAUCUGGUGGCUGGUCGCAGACCCCUCCUCAGCUCGCGUUCCAUGAGCUCGGCCGAGAAGCUGGCGCCGUCGCAGGCAAAGGAACACGACUAUGAGUCCCUCAGGGUGACCGAGGCCGGCGACCAUGUCCUGCACGUGCAGUUAAACAGGCCGGAGAAGAGAAAUGCCAUGAACAGGGCCUUCUGGAGGGAGAUGGUGGAGUGCUUCAACAAGAUCGCCCAGGACCCGGGCUGCAGGGCUGUGGUGAUCUCGGGGGCCGGGAAGAUGUUCACGUCAGGGAUCGACCUCAUGGACAUGGCGGGAGACCUUCUCCAGCCACAAGGGGAAGAUCACGCCCGCGUCAGCUGGAACUUGCGCCAGUUGAUCUCCAGAUACCAGGAGACCUUCACUGUCAUUGAGAAGUGCCCCAAGCCGGUCAUCGCGGCGGUCCAUGGUGGUUGCAUCGGGGGAGGGGUGGACCUCAUCUCCGCCUGUGACAUCAGAUACUGCGCCCAGGACGCCUGGUUCCAGGUGAAGGAGGUGGACAUCGGUCUGGCUGCCGACGUGGGGACGCUGCAGCGCCUGCCCAGGAUCCUAGGGAGCCAGAGUCUGGUGAAUGAGCUGGCCUUCACUGCCCGAAAGAUGAUGGCCGACGAAGCCCUGAGCAGCGGCCUGGUCAACCGCGUGUUUCAGGACCACGAGUCCCUGCUGGCCGCCGCCUUGGGUCUGGCGGGCGAGAUCUCCAGCAAGAGCCCGGUGGCUGUGCAGGGCACCAAAGUCAACCUGCUCUACUCGCGAGACCACAGCGUGGCCGAAGGGCUCAACUUCAUGACCGCCUGGAACAUGAGCAUGCUGCAGACCGAGGACAUAACCAAGUCGGUGCAGGCCUCCUUGGAGAAGAAGGACCUGAAGAGCGUCACUUUCUCCAAACUCUGAAUGUCUUUGCCCCCCCCCCACGUUCCCACUGCCCUUUGACCUGUCAUCUGAUCCCUGGAGGCCGGAUCCCUCUCCCGGAGGGCGUGGGCUCUCUCUGCUGGCCCCUCCACAUCCCUCAUGGGGGUGGGGGCCACUAAUAAAGUCAUUCUGUGAA